CUACUAGUUCUCAAUAUUUUUUCACCAGGAAACAUUCUUCUUACAAUUCAUUGAUAUACCAAAGAAGAAAUAUGGGUUUCAAUGGCAAGUUGGUUGCUUCAAUGGAGGUUAAGUGUGGAGGACAUUUGUUCCAUGACCUUUAUCAAACUAGUUCCCAUCAUGUAACCAACAUAAGUUCCGAUAAAGUCCACCAUUUUAAUAUUCAUGAAGGUGAAGAUCUAAAGGUUGGUUCAGUAAUUGGCUGGAAAUAUAACCAUGAGGGAAAAGUUAAGGUUACUAAGCAACUGAUUGAAGCCAUUGAUGAUGACAAAAAAUCAAUUACUUGGAAAGUGUUAGAGGGAGAUACAUUGGAAUUGUACAAUUCCUUCACUAUUACUGCUUCGUUUGAAGAUAAUUGGGCAAUGUGGACAUUAGUGUACGAGAAAAAAACUGAAGACACACCAGAGCCUAUCACUCUCUUGAGUCUUAUGAUCGAUAUUACUAGAGAUUUAGAAGAUCAUCUCCACAAGGUUUAAAAGAUCGCCAAAGUUCGAAAAUCUCAUAUGAAAUACCUAAAUGCAUCAGUUCCGAUUAUGAUAUAUCUAUUAACUUUGUUUGUGUGAUGAAAAAUAAAAAGUAUUGGCUUGUCUUAUAAGUGAAAUACUAUUGUAUGGAAGUAUUUCUAAUUAUUAAUUAGGUCAAGAUAUUAUGGAUUGUUGCAAGUUUUAAAUUUACCUGUAGAGUGCCAGAAUGUAUUAAUAUGUGUUUGUACUCAUUCCCCUUUAUAAUAAGGAAAAAUUGAAUAAAUGACAUAUUUAAGAAUUCUUA